AGGAACAAUUAUUUUGGGGGAAAAGAAGAAUCUUUCAGUAAUUGAACUGAGAAAUUUGCUCGUAUUCUUCCAUUGAAAAAGCUCCGAAAAUGGCUUGGUGGGAAGGCGCCAAAGAAACCCGCGUUCUCAUAGCACAAGAUCCUUGUACUGGUGGGAAUCAUCAUGCUGGUCAAUUUUUAUCACUCCAGCAUCCCAAAACAGGGAAUACGACAAGCUACCUCUAUAGCAAUGGAGUUCUUCUAGAACUUCAAUGGUUUAAGCAGUGUUUCGGGUCCUGGUUCCUUGGCGAUUAUGUUUGUGAAGAUGGUCGUUUAUAUACCGCCACUCCAAUCGAUCCUGUUUUCAUUCUGUUGCCAGUCUUUGAUGAAGCUCGAAUGAAGAAAGGAAACGAACCAGGGAAGUUUAGACAGCUGGAUGAGAUCAUUUACGUUGAUGGAUAUCCCGGGUAUCAAACGCUGUCACAAAUUUCAGACAAGACUAUGGAAGUUGUUUGCGAUAUUACAGAAAUCGGGUCGACCAAGUUUUUCAGGCUCAAUGACGAGAAGGUACUGAAAUGGUUGUGCUAUAAGGUAAACCAAUUGAAGCGUAUACUACCGACAUUGGAUAACAACUUUGCUGCUCAGGACGAAAAAAAUCAAUUAUUCGAUGCAGUAUCAAUAAUUCGAGAGUACUUGAAGGAUGAGCCUUGGGUGAAUCUCUUGUGCAACAAAUUAAAAUUAAACUUGCAAGACUGGACUAAUGCACAAGAAAUCGAAAAACUUGCACCUUCCACAGGAAAUGGUCCCGCGUCGUUUAAUCCCGUUCAGGAGAAUAAUGCGAUGAACAAGAAAGUUGCUCCAACGACACGGCAAGCUAAGAAGGUCAAAAUGGAGAAAGAUUCACAUAAUAUAAAGGAUAUGUUCAGCAGGGCUACUAGAAAGAGAGGGUAAAAAGGUCUUUUUUGUCAUGAAUUUAUAAUCUUGUCUUUUUUGCUGUUAAUUGUAUCAUCUAAGUGAAAAUUCAGUUAAAAUUUAUCAUAUGCAAAAUUCUAUGAUAUAUACAUAUAAAUAUAUAUUGGUAUUGAUGCAUAUUUGAUC